CAGCACCACCGGGAUCGUGAUGGAUGUGGACUUGGCCUGCAGGGACAGGAGGGAGGGGUGUGGUCAGCACCCAGUGCAGGCUGGCCCUGGUGGCAGGGGACAUAAAGGGCGUCCGGAGAGGAGCCGGCGCAGCCUCGUCCAGACUCCAGGGGACCUGCUCUGCUGCAAGCACAGCGUUGGAGAUGAAGACCCUGCUCCCGACCCUCGUGCUGCUUGGCCUGGUGGCCGCUCUGCAGGCCCAGGACCCCCUGUCCCUCCAGCCAGAGGAGCCGAACGGACCUGGUACACGAAGGCCUUAGUGAGCAACAUGACCCUGCCGGGACCGAAGACGUUCCAGGUGGUAUUCCCCUCAACGAUGACGGCCCGCGAAGAUGGGAGCCUGCAGGCCAGGGUCACCUUGAUGAUCAUGGGUCAGUGCCACGAGAAGGAGAUUCUGAUGCAGAAAACCGAGGAGCCUGGCAAAUACAUCUCCUCCGGGGGCGCGAAGCUCAUCUACGUGGAGGAGCUGUCCACGAAGGACCACUACAUCCUCUACUGUGAGAAGCGGGGCCCGAAGAAGAUGUUCGGUGUGGGGAAGCUCAUAGGAAGGACCCCCGAGGAAAGCCCUGAGGCUUUGGAGGAGUUUAGGAAAUUUGUGCAGCGCAAGGGACUCCCGCAGGAGAAAAUCACCAUCCCUGAGCAGAGGGAAAGCUGCGUCCCUGAGCGAGACUAGGGAGGCCUGGAGGUGCAGCCAUGGAGGGGCCAACCAGCACCCUGAGGAAGAGCUCUGGGCCAGCAGCCGGGUCCCCGAGUCUGGGCCUGACCAGGCUUCUCUUCCCACGCAGCAGCCACCCGGAUCUGCGUCCCCCAGCUCUCCCUCCCCACUGACCAGGGCUCCCAACCAACCACCCCUCCUUCGGCUUCCUCCACCCCACCCAGAC